AUGAAUUCGUACACAACUCCAAGGGAGGAUCGAUUAGAUGACGGGUGUGAUAUAAGCGAUGCACAACUACUCAGUAAACAGUCGGAGCAUCUCGGUGAGUAUGACUGCGUAAUGAAAUGUUUGCUAACAGCAUUUCUCGACGAGAUGCAUGCCCAAUGGGAUUAUUGAAUACUAUGGACUGUUUUCAUGAACUGUAUUGUCUUGCGUGUCUCUUCUCUGUAUCCUAUGCCUGAAUGUACAUUACCGCAAUACAGUGCAAUAGUUUAUACAGUACAGUACAUUUUAAAAAGUUGUCCAUAGGUUAACAAUCCAUACAGUUAAUAAAAUACAGUAUAACUAUUACUUCUCUGAAGUUCCCUUACUACAGUAUCUUUCUUAUAUUUCAUCUACUCUAGCCCCUCCUGACCAACCCAGUCUGACUCCUGCUGGUGGUACCAGUCUGACUCCUGCUGCUGGUACCAGUCUGACUCCUGCUGCUGGUACCAGUCUGACUCCUGCUGGUGGUACCAGUCUGACUCCUGCUGGUGGUACCAGUCUGACUCCCGGUGAUGGUACCAGUCUGACUCCUGCUGGUCUGAUUCCUGCUGAGGGUACCAAUGUGACUCCUGCUAGUGGUAGCAGUACCAGUUUGAGCGCUGGUGCUGAUCAACACUUUCCGACACUGGGUGUGUGUCUGGGCGAUGAUGCCCUGGCCCUUGCCAAGAAGGAGGAGAGAAUCAAUGGCCAAAUUAAGAAACGGUAAACCCACUCAAGUAUAUUAUGCAAAGUUUAACCUUUGAUAACAGUUCUCAACACCCAGAGGUUUCUUCUCACUUCAUCUGUACUUGACCUCGAGCCGAAUUCUCGCUCCUUCCUAGUUCCGCAGCUGGCCUGCCUUAUCAGAGACUAACUAUUACUCUUCGCCUCCCUCCUUAGAAACAAGGAACAGAAUAUGAACUUUCUGCACUUCCCAUUGUCUCCUACUUUCCAUACACCAAAUUCCUAUCCACCCUUCAUUGACCCCAACAUAUACAUUCCUUAUACAUGUAAAGUAAUCAAUAAGUUAUAGUAUGGUAACAGGAAUAAGUAUAUUUCAAGCUAGAAUCCAACAGAUGCUUUUGAUCAGCAACUUCUGUUCUGGGUGUGUAUGUGUGUGAAAGAGAAAGAGAGAGAUGAUUGAGAGAAAUGUGUUUUUUAUUAACAGCUUCUGUCUAAUGUGUGUCUGUGUGUGUGUCUGUGUGUGUGCCUGCGUGUGUGCAUGCACAUUAGGGCUGGGAAUUGCCAGGGACCUCACAAAAUGAUAUUAUCACGAUGCUUAGAUGCCGAUACGAUAUUUAUUGCAAUUCUCACGAUUCUAUAUGUAUUGCGAUUAUGUAUUGCUCACUAUAUGUCUGCUACAGAGAGACAAGAGAGCCAUGACAAAAACGAGUUUUGAUCAGUCAUGGAAAUAAAAUUGCUGAAAACAUGUUGGCUCACUAUUUAAAAAGAAGAUGGAGAACAAGUUACUGUAUAGGAUGAGAAAUACCGGCAUUUUGGCAAAGCUACAGCCGACUAGUGCUAGCUAACGCUACCUAGCAAAAAAUAUAUAAUAUAUUUGAGUCAUUUAGCAGACGCUCUUAUCCAGAGCGACUUACAGGAGCAAUUAGGGUUAAGUGCCUUGCUCAAGGGCACAUCAACAGAUUUUUUACCUAGUCAGCACGGGGAUUAGAACCAGCGACCUUUCGGUUACUGGCACAACGCUCUUAACCACUAAGCUACCUGCUGCCCCUUUUACAAAUCGAUACUUGGAGUCAAAGUAUCAAUAUAAUAUCAUCCAAAAUAAUAUCGCGAUAUGUAACUAUAUAGAUUUUUAUCCCCAUCACUAAUGUGUCCGUCCAUCAGGGGUCACCUGGUCGUAGCCCUGUUCGAGAGGCUGAGCAACAAUAGGAGCACUGUUACCCUGUCUGUCCCAGACCAGAGUCCAAUGGAGAGGUUCAGUAAGCGUCACCUGAAUGUUACUCAUCUGUGUGAGCAGUCGUGGUGUGAGAUUAAAGUGGUCUAUGGGUUCCUCAAGCCUCACAUGAAGAGGAGAGAGAUGAGAAGAACUGCAGUGACGACAGGGGCCAGUAUUCAUCUCGCUAGAGGUAAGCAGCAUGUUGUGCCCUAGAAAAUAAUAAUAUAUUUCCAUAACUAUAAGGAACUACCUCAUGAGCCAAUGCUGAAUGGAAGGUCAUUGGCCCAUAGACUACUUUCAUGUAACACAAGUAAUUUUGUAACUUCAACUUUCCCCAUACAAUAAAUCCCCCAUAACAUUAAAUCCCUGUUAGUUCAUGUGUAUGCUUGAUCCCCUUAUGGAUGAUGUGGAGGUAGUUUAGUUAGUGAUGAUAACCUAUUUCCUGUCCUUGAUUAUAUGUGUCUAGAACUAGAGGCAAACCCGGAUGCUGUGACCGUGGUUGUUCAUACCAAAGAGGACAGGGAAGCCUUGAAACUCAUCAAACUGAUACAGAUGGUCCCAGCUCUGGAGUCAGGUAUGGUGGUACUGAUCAGAUUUCACAGAGUACACUAAAUAUGAUCAUACUGUAAUGAUGACAAAAUAUUAUAAGCUGUUGCAAAUAGCCAUCUCAUAAUCAGUGUGUGUGUGCGCGUGUGUGUGUGUGUUUCCCAGGCCAGCUUGUGCGGGAGUUUCCAGUGUUAGGUGUGUUGGAUGGGGUGUUUUUCCUGGGUGUGGUUGAUGAGCUGUAUUGUAGUGAGUCUGGGGAACUGGUCCUGAGUGAACUGAAGACCCGCAGUCACAACUCCCUGCCUCACCCUGCCCAGGCCAAGGGACACUCUCUACAGGUAGGCUACACUCAGUGCCGGCCCAGCCAAUAAACGACAUAAGCGGCCGCUAGUGGGCCCCCAACCAUCCACACUGCAAACAAAAAUCAAGUUGUUUCAACUAAUUAUUAUUAAUUAAUUGGUUCCACAGCCUUUUUUUAGUUUACUUUUUGGUCAAAGUGUUACCAGAACUAAACUUUUUAGUUGGCCCAAACUUAGCUCCAACAUGAGAAAACGUAGGCAAACAUUUUGUCAACUUAAAAUGAUGUGUUUUGCUCAAAUUGUCUCGUAUGUUCAUUUAGUUAGAAAUUAGUAUUUGGGCAGCUUACCAAAAAAAUAGUCUGUAGAACUAGUUACACACACACAGUGAUUUUAACAUACAAUGUUUUCAACUUAACAUAUUGUACAUGAUUACAGUGCCUCUGGAAUCUGGAACCAGUUACUUAAAGGAAGUGUAGCACUUAUAUCUCAAUGCCCGAAACGCAUAUAAUAGUAACUUAGAAAUUGUGAUCUUGCGUUUGGGGCUUUUCGGCAGUCUUCGUGGUAUUUAUAUGCGGGGAGCAUAAAUUGUGCAAUUGUAAACUAACAACAACAAAAAAUUAUAGUUAUAACCCAUGUAUAUUGGUUAAUAUACAGCACUACAUACAGUUGAAGUCGGAAGUUUAAAUACACCUUAGCCAAAUACAUUUAAACUCAGUUUUUCACAAUUCCUGACAUUUAAUCCUAGUAAAAAUUCCCUGUCUUAGGUCAGUUAGGAUCACCACUGUAUUUUAAGAAUGUGAAAUGUCAGAAUAAUAGUAGAGAGUGAUUUUAUUUCAGCUUUUAUUUAUUUCAUCACAUUCCCAGUGGGUCAGAAGUUUACAUACACUCAAUUAGUAUUUGAUAGCAUUGCCUUUAAAUUGUUUAACCUGGGUCAAACGUUUCGGGUAGCCUUCCACAAGCUUCCCACAAUAAGUUGGGUGAAUUUUGGCCCAUUCCUCCUGACAGAGCUGGUGUAACUGAGUCAGGUUUGUAGGCCUCCUUGCUCGCACACGCUUUUUCAGUUCUGCCCACAAAUGUUCUAUAGGAUUGAGGUCAGGGUUUGUGAUGGUCACUCCAAUACCUUGACUUUGUUGUCCUUAAGCCAUUUUGCCCCAACUUUGGAAGUAUGCUUGGGGUCAUUGUCCAUUUGGAAGACCCAUUUGCGACCAAGCUUUAACUUCCUGACUGAUGUCUUGAGAUGUUGCUUCAAUAUAUCCACAUAAUUUUCCUUCUUCAUGAUGCCAUCUAUUUUGUGAAGUGCACCAGUCCCUCCUGCAGCAAAGCACCCCCACAGCAUGAUGCUGCCACCCCCGUGCUUCACGGUUGGAAUGGUGUUCUUCGGCUUGCAAGCGUCCCCCUUUUUCCUCCAAACAUAACGAUGGUCAUUAUGGCCAAACAGUUCUAUUUUUGUUUCAUCAGACCAGCGGACAUUUCUCCAAAAAGUACGAUCUUUGUCCCCAUGUGCAGUUGCAAACCGUAGUCUGGCUUUUUUAUGUCGGUUUUGGAGCCGUGGCUUCUUCGUUGCUGAGCGGCCUUUCAGGUUAUGUUGAUAUAGGACUCGUUUUUACUGUGGAUAUAGAUACUUUUGUACCCGUUUCCUCCAGCAUCUUCACAAGGUCCUUUGCUGUUGUUCUGGGAUUGAUUUGCACAUUUCGCACCAAAGUAUGUUCAUCUCUAGGAGACAGAACGCGUCUCCUUCCUGAGCGGUAUGACGGCUGCGUGGUCCCAUGGUGUUUAUACUUGCGUACUAUUGUUUGUACAGAUGAACGUGGUACCUUCAGGCGUUUGGAAAUUGCUCCCAAGGAUGAACCAGACUUGUGGAGGUCAACAUUUUAUUUUUUGAGGUCUUGGCUGAUUUCUUUUGAUUUUCCCAUGAUGUCAAGCAAAGAGGCACUGAGUUUGAAGGUAGGCCUUGAAAUACAUCCACAGGUACACCUCCAAUUGACUCAAAUGAUGUCAAUUAGCCUAUCAGAAGCUUCUAAAGCCAUGACAUCAUUUUCUGGAAUUUUCCAAGCUGUUUAAAGGCACAGUCAACUUAGUGUAUGUAAACAUCUGACCCACUGGAAUUGUGAUACAGUGAAUUAUAAGUGAAAUAAUCUGUCUGUAAACAAUUGUUGGAAAAAUUACUUGUGUCAUGCACAAAGUAGAUGUCCUAACCGACUUGCCAAAACUAUAGUUUGUUAACAAGAAAUUUGUGGAGUGGUUGAAAAACAAGUUUUAAUGACUCCAACCUAACUGUAUGUAAACUUCCGACUUCAACUGUACAUAUAUGUUAGGGUCCAUAAUCUGCUACCUGAACUUUAUUAAUAAUUAGUUGAAACAAGUUUUUUUUUUUUUUUUUUUUACAGUGUAGCUUAGGUCCCCCAAAAGGCCCUGUGCUAUACACCUGAGCUGGUGUGGCUACACUACCACACCAGACACACACACUAUAUCUCUCUGAUGUUUCUCUGACCUCUUUGGUGUCUCUCUCUUUGACCUUUCUUUCUCUUUCUGGACUCUCUCAUUUAUCUGUCCCUCUGGUCUCUUUGACCCCUCUCUGAUAUCUCUUUAUUUCUGAUCUCUCUCUCUCUGAUCUCUCUCUCUCUGAUCUCUCUCUCUCUGAUCUCUCUCUCUCUGAUCUCUCUCUCUCUCUCUGAUCUCUCUCUCUGAUCUCUCUCUCUCUCUCUCUCUCUCUCUGAUCUCUCUCUCUCUCUCUCUCUCUCUGAUCUCUCUGAUCUCUCUCUCUCUCUGAUCUCUCUCUCUCUCUCUCUCUCUCUCUCUCUCUCAGGUAGGUGUGUAUAAGCUCCUGUUUGACUCCAUGGUCCAGGGUUCUAUGAAGAGGGAUCAGCUCCUCCACUACCUCAAGCUCCGGCCUCACCAGGCCUUUGGGUCAGAGCUCCAGAGCUAUGCCCAGAAAUUGGGCCUCCUGGCGGUCACCUUCGGAGAGCUCGUGGACCACCUGUUGGUUGUGCUAAAUUUUUCCAACCUCCAGCCCAUUGACAAGCUACGCCUGGAAUACAGACAUCAGAGCUCCGGAGGCCUCAUAGGAACCAGGGAGGUAGAGUUUGAGGAGACCCAGCUAAGGGCUGAGCUCAUGGGCUACCUGGCCUUCUGGAGGGGGGAGAGGGAGCCCCAUGGAGUGGAUAUUGAGGAUAUAGAAGAGGCUUGGAAGUGUAGGAUGUGCCCCUAUGAGGAGAGCUGUGAAUGGAGGAGGAGUAGGUUGCAAGAGGUGAUGGUUGAGGGCAGUAAGAAAGCCAAAUUGGAUGGUGCUAAAUCGGAGACUCCCAAUUCAAGUCAAAGGGUCCCAAAUUGA